AUGUCCAACCCAAAGGGCGCACAAAAGGGCAGUUCUCUGACUCUUAUCUUGAUGGUGCCCUCAGCAGCCAUUGGGGGAACCUUGCAGUAUGGAUAUAAUUUAGCUAUUAUGAACGCACCCACUACUUUCAUUCAGAAUUUUGUAAAUGAGACUUUUCAAGAUCGAUGGCAAUUACAAUUGGAGAAUUAUCAAGUGACUUUCAUUUGGACAAUCAUAGUGUCAAUAUUCUCCUUGGGGGGCCUCAUCGGGGCCUUGAUUGCGGGGCCAAUGACCAUACGAUUUGGAAGAAAGAAAUGCCUUCUUUUGAACAACAUCUUUCUUAUGAGUAGUGCUCUUUUUGCUGUGACAAGCAGAGCUGCAAAGUCCUUUGAGAUGAUCAUCAUUUCUCGGGUGCUAGUGGGAAUUAAUGCAGGAAUCAGUAUGAAUGUUCAGCCCAUGUAUUUUGGAGAAAGUGCACCCAAACACUUGAGAGGAGCGGUCUCUCUGUCCUCCGCCGUGUUCACAGCCUUUGGAGUUGUUCUGGGACAGGUGGUUGGCCUGAGGGAGGUUUUGGGGAGUGAGCCGUAUUGGGAGUACCUCUUGGCGAGUAAUGCUAUUCCUGGCUUUAUUCAGCUUCUUACUUUGCCCUGGUUCCCCGAGAGUCCCAGGUACCUGCUCAUCGACAGAAAGGACAAAGAGGCCUGUUUGAAUGCUCUAAAGCGUUUGCGUGGCUGUGAGGACCAGGGCAGUGAGCUGGAGGAGAUCCUGGAGGAGGAGGCUCAAAGCAGAGGCAUGAAGCCCCGUCAGCCCUGGGAGCUCUUCACUGACAGGGCCGUCCGCUUUCAGCUCCUCAUCAUCAUUGUGGUCAGCAGCGCCAUGCAGCUCUGCGGAAAUGACUCGAUUUACUUUUACGCUUCAUAUGUUUUCAAGGAGUCCGGAAUGUCUGCUGAUAAAAUCCAGUACAUUACAAUAGGCACCGGUUCGUGUGAAUUUACCGCCUGCAUAAUGUGUAAUUUGCUGAUUGAGCGCAAAGGACGACGGUUUAUGCUGAUGGGAGGCUUCAUAUCGAUGACCGUCUGGGCUGUGGUUUUCACUAUCGCAAUGUUGUUUGAGAUGCCUUAUUUGAGUAUGGCGUGCAUAUUCACCUACAUCCUCAGUUUUGGCAUGGGACCAGCUGGAGUUACUGGUGUAUUGCCCACAGAGAUCUUCAACCAGUCAGCUCGACCUGCAGCGUACAUGAUCGCUGGCUCCAUGAUGUGGAUCAAUCUCUUCAUUGUUGGAAUGCUCUUUCCUUUUCUAGUGAGUGAAUUGAAGGAGUACCUCUUCGUGCCCUUUGCAGCAGUCUGCCUGUUAUCUGCUGUAUAUAUUGGGAUGUUUCUUCCUGAGACCAAAGGGAAGUCUCUGUCUGCAAUCACAGCAGAGUUUCACAAGCUCAACUUCAAAGGCCUGGCGCCGAUGCCCUCUCCUCAGUGUCAGGCCAAGUACCAGCUGGGCCAGGUGUGCCGCUCCACAGCACUGUAG